AUGGCCGAUCAGGAUCAACCCUCUACUCCCAAACCCGAAUCUACACCUAACACCCCCAACAAGCCGAAGCGUGCUCCUCCUAAGCUGGGCAAGAAAACCCCGACCAAGCAAGAGCAGACCCCGCCUCCUUCCGAGCAAGGUCAAGAGCCCGAAGAUAAAGAUCAAGACAAGGGAGAAGACCAACCAGAAGAAACCGAGGGCAACCAAGAACAAGAACAACAUCAAGAGCCCGAGUCCCUCCAGCAAGAACCCGACUCUGAAAACGAGAAAGAGCAGAACGGCGACCAGUACAAACCUGAGGAGCCGCAACCCCAACUAGAAGAACAAGAACCGCCUCGUCGUCGUCGCCGUCCCCGUCCAGCUCGCAGACAAGACACCGACACCGAAUCCAUUCCUCGGAACGAGAUGGAUGCCCAACCCCAGCAACGCCAGCGCACCCGCCGCACCCGCCAGCCGCAGCAGCAGUUGCAGCAGCGAGGCGACGCAGGCCCACUCGGCGGCCUUGGCGGCGUCGAUCAAGCUGGCCAGCUGGUCCAGAACACGGCAGGAAAUGCUUUGCACGGCGUGACCGGUUCGGCAGGUAAGGCUGUGGGCGGCGUCCUGGGCGGCGACCAGAAAGAAGAGAAGGAUGAUGGCGGUCGAGAUGAGCAACUGCGUUUGCGACUGGAUCUGAAUUUGGAUAUUGAGAUUCAACUCAAGGCAAAGAUUCAUGGUGAUUUGACUUUGGGAUUGCUGUCAGUAUUCCCAUUUUCCUCUUUUCCCAAUACACGGAGUUCCUUUAGCUCUGCCUGCAUCCUCACCCGUUAUGUCUGCUGUACAUUUCAACUAACUAACCGUGUAGAAAUUGAUCGGCCGAGUACAGUGGCUGAAAAGCGAGAAUCCUUUUACAUCUGA